AAACGUAUCCGAAAGCUAAAAUACCCUGUAGUGACAGAUGCAGUGGAAAUGGAACCGACGAUGUCACCUCUCCUUUGGCAACGCCAGAGAGAUAGUAACAUCUUGGGUCCUAAGUCGGUCAUGGCCACUUGUCGCUCAUGUAUCACGCGUCAUCAGACCAAAGUGAAAUAUAAACACACUAAAAAGACGCAUUUAAUGGCAUUGGGAAUUUGUCUAUUGAGUGGCAUCUUUAGCUUUUCAAUUCCAUACUAUCUGAAUCUUGAGGCAGGAACCAUAACUCAUUUGUUGGCAUUGAUCAUUUACAUCAUAGGUGCCUUCUGUAGCUGUUGCAUUCCCUACUAUUUGAACUCCAGUGAAAGUGUCACACAUUACUGUCCUGCUUGUGGCGCCUUCAUCGGCACCUAUAUAAACUGAAAAUUAAACAAACCAAGAAUUAAUUAACUUCUUAAGUUUUAUACAAGUCAAUUCGUAAUGCCAAUUUUUUUAACAGACAAUCUUAAAGAAAUCUUAUAGCCAGGGACUGUUAUAAUUAUAAGUUUUAUUAAAAAUCUCAAAAAAUAA